AGAUAUUCCGAGAAGUGUCUCAGUGGUUUUGUGUUCAUACAAUGGACGUCCGAGGGGUUCAGUGUUGUUUGAUGAUCAACAUUCUUCAAAAUAUCUUCUUUUUCGUUCUGCAGGAGAAAGAAACUCGUACAGGUUUGACAUGUUAUGAGGAUAAAUGAAUGAUGAAAAAACUCUCAUUUUUGCGUGGACUUUGCAUUUCUUUUCUGAGCUGUUAAUGCGAAACAUUUGCAAAACAAAUAUUUUUGUCAACAGCUGCAUGAAUCGAGCGUCCGCCCACUUUUCAGUUUCACUGCAAUUUUUCUCAAUUCUGUCCACUCGUUUCCUUUCAUUGUUUAAUCUUUGAUAAAUGACCGAUUCUGUCACGUGCUUACAUUACCAUCAGAAAUGUUUCCUUUAAAACAUUGAUGCCAAGGAAUCAUUGGUGUACUUGUAACUCUCACGUUUGGGUCUGAGUGACGCGUGUGUUGAAACCACAGGUUUUUGUAGAUCUUAACUUUCAUCUGCAUUCACUUCCUGUUUUUGCCCAUUUGACUUCAACCCUGAACUUCAUGCUUGUACAGUGCGGCUUUCAUGAAGGCUUUAUUUUCUCAGCGAUGUCUUUCGAGUGAUGCGACUGUCAGUCAGACGAGGAGCUGUACUCCUGUUCACCCUGUUUGGAGUGUGCUCACUCACCAGAACCCUGUUUCGUGUACUAAAAUGUCACGGAUCAGCUCCCCGAACACAUCCGGUGUCUGUAGUGGUUCGAAACUGGAACCAGACUCAGUACCGUUACGACCAGCACACUCCGGUCGUGUUUGUGGGUGGGUUUCCUCGCUCGGGGACCACCCUCAUGCGUGUCAUGCUAGACGCCCACCCUGACAUCCGCUGCGGGGAGGAGACGCGAGUGAUACCCAGAAUGCUCGCGCUGAGACAGAGCUUUGGACGUCACGGUAUUGAGGGUCGCAUGCUCGAGGAUGAAGGCAUCGGUCAGGAGACGCUGGACGCGGCCACCACAGCUUUCAUACUGCAGGUCAUCGCACGUCACGGUGAACCUGCACCACUGCUGUGCAAUAAAGACCCGUUUACACUCAAGAGUGCUGUUUAUCUCUCACACCUGUUCACCAACUCAAAAUUUCUGCUGAUGCUGAGAGACGGCCGGGCGUCGGUGCACUCUAUGAUCUCCCGGCGAGUCACCAUCGGUGGAUUUGACCUGGCCAACUACAGAGACUGCCUGUCAAAAUGGAACAGUGCAGUGAAUGCGAUGUUGUCUCAGUGUCUGGCUGUGGGCAGGAGGAGGUGUAUGACGGUACGGUACGAGGAUCUGGUGUUACAGCCACGUGCUACCAUGAACAGCAUACUGCGGUUCCUGAACACACCCUGGCACGAAGGCGUGCUUCACCACGAGGAGGCCAUUGGGAAACCAGGAGGAGUGUCACUGUCCAAAACCGAGCGUUCCACGGAUCAGGUGAUCAAACCGGUUAACCUGGAGGCCCUCACGCGCUGGGUGGGACACAUCCCAGCAGACGUCCAGGAGGACAUGGAGAACAUCGCUCCGAUGCUCCGCAGGCUGGGAUACAACCCUAAUGCCAAUCCUCCAGACUAUGGUCAACCGGAACCUGAAGUGGUCAACAAUACACAAAGGGUUUUGAAAGGAGACUUUAAAACUCCUGCAAACUUGAAAAGAUGGGACCAAAUACCUCAGAAGAGACAGAAACUCAGUGGUUGAUCAUUUUGUCCAGUUUGGCUUUUAAUAACGUCACCACAAGUGCCAGGAUAAAGACAGAGCUGGACAUCUCACCCAAACAUCACCAUAACCCAACUGAACAGUUAGAUUCCUAAAUGCAGUGAACUGCCGUCGAAGGUCAUACAAGUGACUGUGAACACACCUUUAAUAAUAUAUCAUCACCUUUUCACAUCUGCAUUUGUGGUUUUUCUCAGGUAUAUUUAUUAUUUCCUGCUGUAUUGUUUAGAUUAUAUUGUUUUAUUUUUGUGUAGAGAAUGACAGUGAUCACUGCGGUUGUGUUGUUUUGAGGAAAUGAGAAAUACAAGCUGUGACGACGCGCUGUUGCUAUGUGCGCUCGUGCAUUUUGCUGACCUACUUAAACCGAGUCAUUUUUCAUUUGCAAGUGCCAACACGCCUCUUUAACCCUCUCAUUGACUCCAUAUGGAUUUUAUUUUAAUAAAGAAAUUAUGAAAACAGCGCAGUCUGUUACCCUUUUUUAACCAUAUUUUGUGUCGUG